AUGGGUGGCCGACAUCGCUUCGAGAGGCUGAGAAACUUAUUCAAGGGAAAAGGGACGGACGAUGAGCCAACGACAGCUACAUUGCCACUCGGCAAUCCGCCCCCGCCCUCUAUUCCUAAGCCAGUCCCUGUUCCAGAUCCGCCUCCUGUCAACAAGCUACCAGAAGAUAAUACUGAAAGAAACAAGCUACAAGAAGAACUAUGGAAUGAGGCCUACGAUACGCUCCGCGAAAGUGGGGAUAAGUACAUCCUCGAAUACGAAGAGAUUCUUUUGACCGAACUUAAGAGCAACAACCCUGAUUUAUCGUUCAGUCCUGACGGGAGAUCAUUUGUGACUGAACAAGGCCGAUUGACACCCGAAGGCUGGCCAUCACACGUUGACGUCCAGGACAGUGGUACCCAGGAUGCUGAGAAUACUAAACUACCAGUAGUACCGUUCGCUACUCAAGGCUAUAGAGUUGGGUUUCAUGGAUCUUGGCUGACAAAGGAUGGUGAGAGAUUGAUCUGGUUGCCACCUGAUUAUAGGUCGAGCUAUGACUUUCAGAAGCAUUUACUUGUUACUGAUUCAGUUGCUGUAAUUCGCAACAGUUUUGAUCAGUUGUUGGUGUUUGGCUUUGAUGAUUGA